UCACACGUGAAUACCACGUGUGCAUGCCACGUAUGCAUGCCACUUGAAUGCCGGCGUACUAGGCAUGCCACGUAUGAACAUCCACGCAGAGAAGUCAUGCCCCCUGUCCGUAUAAAUGCCACGUGUGAAUUUUCAAGUAAUGCCACGUUCGAGUACAACGUUUCCUUGUUUCGUGAUCUCUUCAUCGUCCACCUCCUUAGUGCGGAUUCAAGUAGUAGUUGCUUCCAUCGCCAUUCACCAGAACGGGACGGGGUUGUGAAGAUGGAAGUGAACGGCGUCGAGAUGAGUGAGACUGUAGCCGAGGAGGCUGUGCCGACUAGUAAUGAAGAGGGCCCACCAAAGAAUGAAGAACAGAUGGUGAUGACGCCGAAUGAGGAGGAAAACAUACAAAAGAAAGAGGAAGAGCCGAAGGCGGUGGAGCCAUGGCAGAGCGAGGAGGCAGCUGCAAGGAGAGAACAGAGACGGCGGCCAAAACCGAAGGCUCCUUGGCUUUCGUUAGGAAGUGAGAAAGAUGUAGAUGACAUCAACAUCAGACCGGCAAGAGAUCUGAUUGCGAUAAGUAUAACGAGGAAGCGCAGUGAAUUUGGAGGCCAGUAUAAAUUUGCAGACAAGGAUGCACAGGAGUUGUGGAAUUCCAGCCAAAUGGAAUGCCGGCCCUUCAAAGACCCCAGCUUUGACAAGAAGCGAAUUGAACUGGAAGUUUACGUGCAGUCAACGAGGGCGAAACGUGACUUGGGAUUACAAACAUCAGAUUUCCUGUUGAGGAAUGGAGUGACACAGUAUGCUGCUCAGGACUUGCCUGAUACGGAGAAAAUCAAAAUCAUGUCUACGGAGGACAUGAAUGCCUUUCUGCAGGUGGUGAAGCCCAGGUAUGAGACUGCUCUUCAGCAAAAUGAAGUUGCUGAUAUCUUGAAGGACGAGUUCGAGGAUCUUGCCGAGGAGGACAGUGGGCUGGGUGCAAAGUCAGAGAACCUCAUCAGUGAGAGCCAAUCAUUCACUGAUUUGGAACACAGCAAGGGCAAGUUUAUUUCAGCAAUUGACUGGAUGCCGGGUCGUCGAGGUAAGGGCAGGGGGUUUGAGGGUGGGUGGGGGGUCAGUCUGGUAGGGGGUUCAAAAACGACCCUGUCCGCUGUUCAGACCUUGUAAACUGGGAAAACUGACUGUUGAACUGUGGAAAGCACAGCAUUGCUACU